AUGAAAACUUCCAGUGACACUUCUUCCGCUGGGCGCAGAAAUCGUCAAGAUCGAUCGACGUGUUUUCGGCUCAUCUCAGCGGCAGGUGCGGCAGGGCAUGGAAACCUCUACGCAAUGCUCCUCGCUGGAUCCUUGAACUACCUCUCGAAGGAAGGCUACAAGUACAUGUUUGUCGCGAACUGUGACAACUUGGGCACUUCGGUGAAGAUGCGCCUUCUGGCGCACAUGUCCAACUCUGGCGCAUCUAUGCUUCUGGAGGACUACAUUCGUGGUGAAGAGGAUAAGCUGGCAGACAUCUCUGCCGAUGCUAAGUUCACACUGCGGGAGAGCGCCCAAGACCGGCUUUUCGAGCUGCCACUCAUCGCAAAUGAGAAGAAGCUGGAUCCUACAGGCAAAGACAGAGAUGAUACCGUGCCACUGAUUCCACAGUUCGGUGGGCCAAAGCCAGGUGCAAGUUCCACUGUAGUGCAAGUGGAGACGCCAGGGGUGCUGCCGUUUCUUUAUUUCCAGAUGCACAGUCCAUCGGGGUCCCUUCAGACUGUGUCUUUCCAGUUAGAAGGACUGCGCAACUGCCGGUGCUGCGAAGUGAUGUCUUCGUGA